ACCAAAAGGAUAGCAGACGUCAGUUACCGCACCAGCCAAACGACGUCGCUUCUUGUUCUCGAUAGGUGGCAGGAGCAGCGCUCCAAAAGUCGACCCCGUUCGAAAGGAUCACGUGACAAACGUGUAUGUGAGCGUCUUGACGACCUCGUCUUAGCGUCGUCUUAACGUCAAAGAAACUUGUGAACCACAAGCAAGAGGUUUACGCUCCAUGACAGGGAGCUCCGGUUCAUUUCCCGUGGCGGAGCCUCCGCCCUCGCCACCACCUCUCUCCCACGGAGAGGGGAAGAGUCGAGCGGAACGGUCAGCUUCCAUCAUCUCUCGGGGCAACUGGGGAAACAGAUGGGAAUUCCUCCUUUCCUGCGUCGGACUCUCCGUGGGCAUCGGAAACGUCUGGCGGUUUCCCUACCUCGCCUACCAGAAUGGAGGAGGAGCCUUUCUCAUUCCGUACCUCAUAAUGCUGCUCUUGGUGGGCAAGCCGAUGUACUUCAUGGAACUGGCCAUCGGUCAAUUUGCCGGACAAGGUCCACUAACCUUAUGGGCAUGUUCACCCAUAUGCAAAGGAAUAGGCUUUGCAAUGGUGUGCGUAUCGCUAUUGGUGUGCAUCUACUACAACGUCAUCAUGGCAUACACCAUCUUCUACAUGGCGUCUACGUUUCAGAAGCAAGUGCCCUGGCAACGGUGCGAACCCCACUGGGAAAACUGCUUCGUCCGUUCAGAAAAUAUAAGCAAUAUCAGCAGUGAAGCUCGAACAUCGAGCCAAAUCUAUUGGGAGCGAUAUGUGCUCGAUCUGAGUUCUGGCAUUGAAGAAAUGGGUGGCAUCAAAUGGGACUUGGCCCUGUGUUUGCUACUCAGUUGGAUCAUCGUCGUCGUCUGUCUUCUUAAAGGCAUCAAAACCUCAGGCAAAGUUGUCUAUUUCGCUGCGACGUUUCCGUACCUGAUUCUCAUCACCCUUUUGGUGACCGGACUCUGCCAAACGGGUGCCAUGGACGGCGUCCUCUACUUCAUCACACCGAGCUUUGAAAAACUGCUGGACAUCACAGUGUGGCAGGCGGCUGCGGGACAGAUGUUCUUCUCGCUCAGUGUGUCUAUGGGAGGACUCAUCAUGUACUCCAGUUACAACAAGUUCACCAACAAUGUCUUCAGAGACGCAAUGAUUGUAAGCGCUCUGGACACCGUCACCAGUAUCAUCUCUGGCUUGGUCAUCUUCUCAGUUUUGGGUGCCAUGGCGCACGACCUGGGUAACGUUGGCGUCGAAGACGUCGUGCAAAGCGGACCCGGCCUCGCCUUCGUUGCAUACCCAGAAGCGCUGGCGCGUUUGCCCAUUCCUCAACUGUGGUCCGUACUCUUCUUCGUCAUGUUGUUCAUCUUAGGACUAGACAGCGAGUUUGCACUUCUGGAGAACGUUCUUACGAGCCUGUCGGACCAGAUACACAUACUGCGAAAGCACAAACUCAUCUUCACCGUAGGCACCGGCGUCUUCUGCUUCUUCUUGGGCUUGCCACUCGUCACGAGGGGUGGUCAGUACCUUCUGGAGAUUCUAGACAGGUUUGGCGGGAGUACGGCGCUCACUUUCAUAGCCAUUACGGAGUCUAUAGGCGUCGCCUACGUUUACGGGUACAACCGGCUUUCCGACGACAUCAACUUCAUGCUCGGCCGUCGGCUUGGCUGGUACUGGAGAAUCACUUGGACCAUUACAUCGCCAGCCAUUUUACUGUUCAUCUUCCUGCUGUCGCUGAAAGAUGCCAACGAGCCUUUAACAUAUGGGGAAUACGAGUUCCCCAGCUGGUCUCUCGUGCUUGGCUGGGCCUCUGCCCUCGUCAUUAUGCUGCAAAUACCAUUCUGGGCAUUUGCAGCAAUAUAUCGUGCCAAAGGGAACACAUUUCUCGAGAAAGUACGAAGGGCAGCAGCAUCAACGGAAGACUGGGGUCCCUCGGAUAAGUCCCUCAAGGAGGACUGGAGGCAAGCAACCGGCUGGUACCUCACGGGGAGUAAACCUGUCCAACUACGCAAGUGCAGCAUCGGAGCGGGCACUGGUCAAGAGAAUAUGGCUUAUGCACCGGACGACCCGCCGCCAUCGUAUCACAGGGAAGAGGGGCUAUCACAGGGGGUAUUUCCACAAUAGUGUAAAUAAAAUUUGUUAUAUUAUUA